AUGUUUUUAUUAAUUAUUUUACUUGCAACAUCAAUUAAAUUGUCACAAGCAGUAUCGAUGAAUAAACGUGAACAAACAGAUAUGGUUGUUUCCGAUGAUGAUGAACUAAAUCAUCAGCGUCGAACAUAUGAAUUAGAAAAAUUAAGACGUUUUCUAUUAACAUCAAAUGCUGAAGAACGUGCUGCUAAACUCGAUAAACAAAAUUUUUAUAAACGGCAAUGGAUACAUGAAUAUCUUAGAUUGAUUAAUGAUCCUAAUCCGGAUCAGUUACAAGAAUUGAAAAAACGUGCCAAAGGCUUCUGCCAUUCAUAUGAAGAUGUAAUCAAUUCUGAUCGAGCUCCGUGUGGAUGA